GCAGGCAGGUGCUGCAGGCAGGGAGGAGGCAGGGGAGGAGCACAGCUCACCUGGGAGCAGGUACGGCCGCGGGAGCAGCAGGACAGAGGAGGAAGGGAAGCAGCAGAAAUAGUUUCGCCAGUCACGCGUCCCAGAUAAGCCUCCCAGCUUCCUGCUGCUGAGUGAUCAGGCAGGCAGAGGAGGUGCUCAGGAUGGCAAACUUCAAGGGCCAUGCACUUCCAGGCAGCUUCUUCCUGAUCUUUGGGCUCUGGUGGUCUGUGAAGUAUCCUCUGCAGUACCUCAGCCAGAAAGCUCCAAAGAAAGCCCACAGGCUGUGUUGUUUCCAGCGCCUGGAUGCCUUGGAAGGGGGAAUCAAAAUCACCUUUGCUCUGAUAGGGAUGCUGGCAGAGCAGUUCGUCCCGGACGGGCCACACCUCUACCUCUACAGCGGGGACAAGCGCGACUGGGUGAAGCUGAUGAACUGGCAGCACACCACCAUGUACCUCUUCUUCGGCCUCUCCGGCGUGGUCGAUGUCUUCACCUACGUCUCCCAGGCGGUGCCCAGGGGCCUGGACCGCCUCAUGCUGUCCGUGGCUGUGUUUGUUGAAGGUUGUCUCUUUUACUACCAUGUGCUCCAUCGCCCCAUGCUGGACCAGCACAUCCACACCCUGCUGCUCAUUGCCAUCUUCUCAGGGGCUUGCAGCACCGUGCUGGAGGUCUUCCUCCGUGACAACAUCAUCCUGGAGAUGUUCAGGGCUGGUGUCACCAUCGUCCAGGGAACCUGGUUCUGGCAGAUCGGGGUCGUGCUCUUCCAGCCAUGGGGAGGUCCAAUGUGGGAUGAGAAGGACCACAGCAACAUCAUGUUCCUCACCAUGUGCUUCUUCUGGCACUGGGCAGCUGCUGUGGCCAUCCUGGCUAUAAACUACACCCUGGCUUACUGCUGCAUCCAGAGGUGCCAGAGAGGCAGCAGGGAGCCUUACAUCGGGCUGGGAGUGCGGCAGCAGAAGUGUGACAGCAGCUCCCAAGCUGCCUUCCUGCAUGGAUCUGAUGAAGAGUGAAGAGGGUGGAAGCUGCUCCCUCUGAACCACGGAGAGCCUGGUUGCUAGAAGAAAAAGAUCUCUGUCUAAUUAUAAUCUGAUUAAAUAUUUAUGGUUUGGAUGAGCCAAGAGAAGUGUCACCUUUCUGCUGCUGGCAAGCAGGUUGAGCACCUCAGGGGGGCAGCUGCCCUCCAUCCCUACCCAAACGUUGGUAUCCCUGAAGCAAGAACUCUUUGCAAGUGAUUUCUGUCAACAAAAUCGAGUGCAGGAAUUCCCCACGAGGAGCUUGCUCCUUCCUCUGUGUUUCCAUAGUGAUGGAGACCAUCCUUGUGGGCAGGUGACUUUUGCAAGAGCCUGGAGGCUUUGACCUGCUGUGAUUGAAGUGCAGGUCGAGGUGAUGCACCUCCAGAUCAAGACAUCAUCCCAAGGAGGGAGAGGCAGAGGGCGCUGAACGUGAGAUGAUGUCAAAUUUGCAACACCACAGCUUGCUUGUACACAAGCCAGGUUCUACUAGCAAAGCUUUUGACUAAAAAGAGGGGAUUGAAUAGUUUCCCUGUUCACUUACAGGCUGAAAGAGUGAAUAAAAGUCAAAUAAAAAUCCUUGCUGAGCUGA